AUGCCUCCGUCUCCUUUAGACGACAGGGUACUAGUGGCACUGUCCAGGCCCGUCCGGCCUCAGGAUCUCAACCUUUGUUUAGACGCGAGCUACCUGGGCCCCGCCGCCCCGGGCGGUCACGGCCACCCUCCGGUCAUCGCCACCACCGUCGUGUCCCUCAAGGCUGCGAACCUGACGUAUAUGCCCUCAUCCAGCGGCUCUGCCCGCUCCCUGAAUUGUGGAUGCAGCAGUGCCAGCUGCUGCACUGUGGCCACCUACGACAAGGACACCCAGGCCCCGACCCCAGCCGUUGCCGCCGGCUCCGCCACCACUGCCAUCGGCUCCUCCGGCACCUGCCCCACCACCCAGAUGGUCAACAACAAUGACAACGCAGGCUCUCUGAGUCCGUCCGGUGGGGUGGGCAGCCCUGCGGCCGGGACCCCCAAGCCGCUAGCCAGCAUCAAAAUCAUCUACCCCAACGACCUGGCCAAGAAGAUGACCCGCUGCGGCAAGAGUCACCUGGCCAGCCAGGGCCCCGUCAUCAUCGACUGCAGGCCCUUCAUGGAGUACAACAAGAGCCACAUCCAGGGAGCCGUCCACAUUAACUGCGCCGACAAGAUCAGCCGGCGGAGGCUCCAGCAGGGCAAAAUCACCGUCUUAGACUUGAUCUCCUGUCGGGAAGGCAAGGACUCUUUCAAGAGGAUCUUUUCCAAAGAAAUUAUCGUUUAUGACGAGAAUACCAAUGAGCCGAGCCGGGUGACGCCUUCCCAGCCAUUGCACAUAGUCCUCGAGUCCCUGAGGAGGGAAGGCAAGGAGCCUCUGGUGUUGAAAG